CGCCAUUAGCCGUCGCUCCGCUUCGCCAUCUCGGGCUUUGUCUGGCGGCUUGCUGCCCCGGCGUCGGCUGCGGCGGAGCUGCGGCUCAGCUCUUCGGCCCGCCGCACCCUUAAGGUGCCCUUGGCCCGUGGUCCCAUUCACACGCUCGGGUGAGGUGGCUUUGACCCCGGCUUGCCUGGCCAGCACGACCGAGGAAGUGGCUGGACGGCUGGAGAAUGAACGGAGAAGCCGACUGCCCCACAGACCUGGAAAUGGCCGCCCCUAAAGGCCAAGACCGCUGGUCCCAGGAAGACAUGUUGACUUUGCUGGAAUGCAUGAAGAACAACAUUCCAUCCAAUGACAGCUCCAAGUUCAAAACCACCGAGUCACAUAUGGACUGGGAAAAAGUAGCAUUUAAAGACUUUUCUGGAGACAUGUGCAAGCUGAAAUGGGUGGAGAUUUCUAACGAGGUGAGAAAGUUCCGUACAUUGACAGAAUUGAUCCUCGAUGCUCAGGAACACGUUAAAAAUCCUUACAAAGGCAAAAAACUCAAGAAACAUCCGGACUUCCCAAAGAAGCCCCUGACCCCUUACUUUCGCUUCUUCAUGGAGAAGCGGGCCAAGUAUGCUAAACUCCACCCGGAGAUGAGUAACCUGGACCUGACCAAGAUUCUGUCCAAGAAAUACAAGGAACUGCCGGAGAAGAAGAAGAUGAAAUAUAUUCAGGACUUCCAGAGGGAGAAACAGGAGUUUGAGCGAAACCUCGCCCGAUUCAGGGAGGAUCACCCAGACCUAAUCCAGAAUGCCAAGAAGUCGGACAUCCCCGAGAAGCCCAAAACCCCCCAGCAGCUGUGGUACACCCACGAGAAGAAGGUGUAUCUCAAAGUGCGGCCAGAUGCCACUACGAAGGAGGUGAAGGACUCCCUGGGGAAGCAGUGGUCUCAGCUCUCGGACAAAAAGAGGCUGAAAUGGAUUCAUAAGGCCCUGGAGCAGCGGAAGGAGUACGAGGAGAUUAUGCGUGACUACAUCCAGAAGCAUCCUGAGCUCAACAUCAGUGAGGAGGGCAUCACCAAGUCCACCCUCACCAAGGCUGAACGCCAGCUCAAGGACAAGUUUGAUGGGCGACCCACCAAGCCACCUCCGAACAGCUACUCACUGUACUGCGCAGAGCUGAUGGCCAACAUGAAGGAUGUGCCCAGCACAGAGCGCAUGGUGCUAUGCAGCCAGCAGUGGAAGCUCCUCUCCCAGAAGGAGAAAGACGCCUACCACAAGAAGUGCGACCAGAAAAAGAAGGAUUAUGAGGUGGACCUGCUCCGUUUUCUAGAGAGCCUGCCUGAAGAGGAGCAGCAGCGGGUCCUGGGGGAAGAGAAGAUGUUGAACAUCAACAAGAAGCAAGCCACCAGCCCAGCCUCCAAGAAGCCCUCCCAGGAUGCGGGCAAGGGCGGCUCGGAGAAGCCCAAGAGGCCCGUGUCAGCCAUGUUCAUCUUCUCGGAAGAGAAGCGGCGGCAGCUGCAGGAGGAGCGGCCCGAGCUCUCAGAGAGCGAGCUGACCCGCCUCCUGGCCCGCAUGUGGAAUGACCUGUCGGAGAAGAAAAAGGCCAAGUACAAGGCCCGGGAGGCGGCGCUGAAGGCCCAGUCGGAGAGGAAGCCAGGCAAGUUGCCGGAGUCGCCCAAGAGAGCAGAGGAGAUCUGGCAACAGAGUGUCAUUGGCGAUUACCUGGCCCGCUUCAAGAAUGACCGGGAGAAGGCCUUGAAAGCCAUGGAGAUGACUUGGAACAACAUGGAAAAGAAGGAGAAACUGAUGUGGAUUAAGAAGGCAGCCGAAGACCAAAAGCGAUACGAGAGAGAGCUCAGUGAGAGGCGGGCACCCCCGGCUGCUGCAAACUCCUCCAAGAAGAUGAAGUUCCAGGGAGAACCCAAGAAACCUCCCAUGAAUGGUUAUCAGAAGUUCUCCCAGGAGCUGCUGUCCAAUGGUCAACUGAACCACCUGCCGCUGAAGGAGCGCAUGGUGGAGAUUGGCAGCCGCUGGCACCGCAUCUCCCAGAGCCAGAAGGAGCACUACAAGAAGCAGGCUGAGGAGCAGCAGAAACAGUACAAAGUGAACCUGGACCUCUGGGUCAAGAGUCUGUCUCCCCAGGAACGUGCAGCAUAUAAAGAGUACAUCUCUAAUAAACGUAAGAAUAUGACCAAGCUGCGAGGCCCAAACCCCAAGUCCAGUCGGACUGCCCUGCAAUCUAAGUCGGAGUCUGAGGAUGAUGAUGAAGAGGAUGAGGAUGAAGACGAGGAGGAUGAGGAGGAGGAAGACGAUGAGAACGGGGACUCCUCUGAGGAUGGCGGGGACUCCUCCGAGUCCAGCAGCGAGGAUGAGAGCGAGGAUGGGGAUGAGAACGAGGAGGACGAUGAGGAUGAGGACGACGACGAGGACGAUGACGAGGAUGAGGACAACGAGUCCGAGGGCAGCAGCUCCAGCUCCUCCUCCUCGGGGGACUCCUCGGACUCUGACUCCAACUGAGGCUCAGCCCCACCCGGGGCUCCCUUCUCCGGCUGAACACCUUUGUUUCUCCCCCAUGUUCUGUCCCCUGCCCCUUGGCCUCCCCCACUUUCUUUCUUUCUUUUUUUUUUUUUUUAAAACAAAACAAAACACGGUGGGGGGUAGGCGCUGGAGGCGCCCAGGCCAGAACUCUUCGGCCUCAGAGACAUCAGCCCUGGGGGGCCCUCCAGGGAGCGUACCCAUCAGACUGAGCCACCACUGGACUGGUCCAGCCCACCCCCUCUUCUGCACUUGCGGUUUCCGGCAUGGACAAUGGACCCGGGAGUGGGUCGGGGUUCCCAAAGAGUUCAGUGAGGCCCCCUACAUCUGCAGCCCAACCCAAGGGAGGGUGGAAGCUUGAGGAAGACCCCUUUCUUUCCAGAGGGGCUUGCAGCCUGGAUCCCUGCAUUGGAACUGGAGGCAGGGAACAUGGGAGAAGAGGGCCGGCGCCUAUGAAGAAAUAGGCCUUGCCCCAUGGCCCUCUUCUUCCCUGCCCCCUGCGGGAAGGAGCUGCCUGGACCCACUCAUGGGGGCGGGGGGGGAGGGGGCAGAAGUGUUUUUUAUAUAUGUGUAUAUAUUUUUUUUUUAAGCUCUGAGCUGUCAACGAGACGUUUCCUACCGA